AUGAAGAAGGCACAAGAGCCGACGACGCAAACUGAGCUUCGCUCUUUCCUCGGCAUGUGCAAUGUUUACCGAAGGUUCGUGGCGAACUUCGAAAGAACUGCGGCACCCCUGAAUGCACUGUUAGCAAAGGGGAAGCCUUUCCAAUUAGAGGAGUUUUCGGUUGAACAGUCUAAGGCUUUUAGUUUACUGAAGACCGCGCUUAUAAGUCCUCCCAUUCUCAAGCUACCGCGCUCAAACCUUCCAGUCUCGGUCGACACGGAUGUUUGCAAGCGACAAGUGGGCUGCGAUCUAUUUCAGACAUAUCUAGACCGAACGCGCCAUCCGGUGGGAUUUUGGAGUCGCUCCCUGAACCCAGCGGAAAAGAAUUACAGCGUCGGCGAAAAGGAAUGCCUCGCCAUAAUUUGGGCAUUACAGAUUUUGAGACCAUAUCUCGAGCGGAAGCACUUCGAGCUCUACACAGACCAUCAAUCCUUAAAGUGGAUGAUGAGUCUAACAGACGCCAGUGGCAGGCUUGCUCGAUGGCGUCUCCGCCUACUGGAGUUCGAUUUCACAAUCAAGUACCGCAAAGGGGCUGUGAAUUGCAUUGCAGACGCUGUGUCAAGGCUGCCGACAUUUGGCGAGUGUGCUGUCGAAUCUGACUCAGACAUUCCUUGUUCCUGGGUUCAAGAGAACAGCGCUUGGAUGGAUGAAGAUCAAGAUGACGAAGAUGUCGAGAUCGAGCUCAGGCGCGAUGCAAUCACGUCAGAUUUCAAUGACGAGGGGAUCUGCAAAGUCGACAAUGAAGAGACAAGUUAUCGUGGGGGUACAAAGAUGUUCUAUACAAUGCGACGCACGUUCUACUGGCCUUCCAUGGCAUUGGAAUGCCACGCUUGUGUGAGACAAUGUGACUCAUGCGCCUGCGAAAGAGUACAAUUGCGCAAGCACUCUAUAUUUUUGAAACUCUUCCCCGCGAGAAGACCGCUAGAGUUCGUCCCCAUCGCCAUUUUGGGACCUCUACCCCGAUCGAAAAAAGGGAACCAAUACCUUUUGGUCAUAUCCGAUCGGUUUUCGAAGAUGACAAGAGCGAUACCGCUGAAAAGCAUCACAUCAAUGACAGUGGCAAGAGCCUUCGUCGAGAAUUUGAUUUAUCCGUAUAGACCACCUGCUUAUCUUCUAUCCGAUAACGGUGGUCAAUUUGCGUCGAAGUUCUUCCAAAAGAUUUGUCAAAUCAUGGGGAUUGGCAAUCUCUUUACCGCUGCGUAUCACCCUCAGACCAAUGGUCCAGUGGAACGGUUCAACCAAACCAUAUUAUCAGGCAUACGCCACUACGUCAUGGAACAUCAAAAGAAAUACGAUGAAUACUGUGGUCCUCUGACGUACGCGUAUAACACGCAAGUACAUCGCAGCACGGGAUGUAUACCAUUCGAACUUGUGUUGUCACGACCUCCAGGGCCCGUGGCCUUGGUGUAG